CGUCACUAUAGUGGAGCCGUCAGUACGCCGGCAACGCUCGAGCAAUAUGCUUGUCGCCUAGAGCAUAGAGCUUACGGUUAUUCAACACACCAAUCUACUUAACUGUGAUACUUAAUAAAUGUAAUUUAUAUUUUCCUAGUUACAUUUAAAUUCAUAGUUUAAUAUGGUGCGUUUUCUUUGCGGGCCACCUCAACUUUAGUCUAUUAGUUAGAACGGUGAAAUAACUCAGUGGUCAGUGAAUCGGUCGAACAGUCCUAAAAUUCACGGAUAGUAAUAUUAUGCAAUCUGUUUCGAAAACGAAUGCUUAGUGUAUUGGAAAUUUCAAAUUUGUUGUUGCCUCAUAUUGUUAUUAAGCCGGUGUGUGUGAUAGUAACACUCGCAAGUUUUAUCAAUCGACGGCACAGAUUUGUUUGUUUUGAGGACACGAUCUGUUGGAACUGAACUCGAGUAAAUAUUUUAAAUUCCUCAGUGUACUUGAAUACGUAUAUGAGUGAAUCAUGGACUCAAAAGUGGUAUUGAAAGAAAAGAAUCCCCACGACAAAUCGAACAUCAUCUCGAAAAUAUUUCUAACAUGGAGCUUUAGCCUAUUUCGUCGUGGAUUUAAACAUGGACUUACAGUGGAAGACUUGUGGCAAGCCCGAGACGGUGACCACUCGGGCCGGCUGGGAGACCGCCUCGAACAGGCAUGGCAGGAAGAACUCGACAAUGCCAAGAGAAAAGGCAUUAAACCAUCUUUCUCAAAAGCCAUCGUACGGUCGUUUUGGCUUGAAUAUUUGAUGUGCGGCCUAGUUGUAGGAUUACUCUUCAUCUUUUUAUGGCCAUUAAUUCCAUUCACGUUAGCUUUAUUCAUUAAUUAUUUUUCUGAAGAUAAGACCCCAGAGAGUUACAGGAAUGCACACAUUUACAACUUUCUCAUGAACUUCCUGAGUAUACUGACGUCUUUGAUGCUUAACCAUUUACAAUUAAGUCAAGGACGAGUAGGAAUGAGAGUGAGAAUAGCUAGCUGUUCGUUAUUGUAUAGAAAAAUAUUAAAACUCGACAGAACUGGGUUGAAUAAAACGGAGCCAGGACAGGUGAUCAACCUGAUGUCUAACGAUGUCAAUCGUUUUGAUUUGGUGGCUCUGUUCUUGAACUACUUGUGGGUGAUGCCUAUCGUGGUGCCAGUGGUCUCCUAUCUGGUAUGGCAACACGUUGGCUGGGCCACACUCGCUGCACUCGUCGUCAUAUUCGUACAAACUGUACUUGUUCAAGCCUACUUAAGUAACCGGCAAGGAGUAUUACGUGGAAAAAUAGCUAAACGCACAGAUGAAAGGGUAAAAGUUAUGAGUGAACUUGUAAACGGUGUACAAGUCAUCAAAAUGUAUGCCUGGGAGAAACCUUUUGAGAAGUUGGUCGACAAACUGAGAAAGAUGGAAGUGAGCUUCAUAAUGCGCACAUCUAUGAUCAAAGGAUUCUCGACGGCGUUGAGCGUGUUCACGGAGCGCUUCAUCUUGUUCUCUGCUGUUGUUGCGUUUGUGGUCAUGGGCGGGGACAUCCGCGCCGAGAUCACAUUCUCGCUCGUUCAGUAUUUUAAUCUGCUCCAACUUGCUUGCAACAUAUUCUUCCCACUGGCCCUCGCAUUUCUGGCAGAAACUAAAGUCUCAGUGCGACGCCUUGAGGAGUUCUUGUUGUUGGACGAACUGACACCCGCGAAGUUGCCGCUAUCAAUCGAUUCGAAGGAAAUAAUUAGCAAUGGUACUGAGAAGGAAAAGCCAAAGCAUACGGGCUUGAUAAUGAAUGGGUUGAGCGCAAGCUGGCAACCAGAAGCCAUUGUAAACACGUUGAGGAAUAUCACUCUGACUGCAGAACCUGGAGAGUUUGUGGGCAUCGCUGGCCUUGUGGGAUCUGGAAAGUCGACCCUUCUACAAGUUAUCUUGGGCGAGUUGCCUCCAACGCAGGGCACAAUAUCGUUGGGUGGCGCACGAGUUUCCUACGCCAGUCAGGAACCCUGGCUCUUCGUGGCUACUGUUCGUCAAAAUAUACUCUUUGGACUCCCAUAUGAUCGCAUACGUUACAAAAAGGUUGUAAGUGCCUGCGCUUUGUUGCGGGACUUCGAGCAGUUGCCUGCAGGAGACUCGACACUGGUUGGAGAACGAGGCAUCAGUCUUAGUGGAGGGCAGCGCGCGCGCAUCGGUCUCGCGAGAGCAUGUUAUAGACAGGCUGACAUAUAUCUGCUGGACGACCCUCUAUCUGCAGUGGACACGCACGUCGGUAAACACCUGGUAUCAGAAUGUGUGAUGGGAUUACUGAGGCAUUCUACGAGGAUCCUGGUCACACAUCAACUGCACCAUCUCAAGUCUGCUGAUAAAGUCGUCAUCUUACACAACGGCGAAAUAGAGACUACUGGAUCGUUUGAUGAUGUGUCGCGAUCACCACUGUUUGCGGAGUUGCUCCAGGAAGAAGAACAGCCAGAAGACCCGAAAGUCCAGUAUCUGCGACAAAGAACUCUUUCCAUUCAGUCUCACACAAGUACUAACACCUUACAAGAUGGGGCUGUGGCUGAUGAGGUUGAGCAGGAGGAGUCUGCCGAGUUGAUGGGAACAGGUCGUGUGCCAGGCGCGGUCUACCGUCAAUACUUCCGCGCCGGCGCCGGCUGGGGCCUGAUCCUAUGGACAACGUUCAGUAUUCUCUUGGCACAAGUUGUUACCUCCAUCAGCGACCUUUGGCUGACACAAUGGAUGAACGUCGUAGAACUAAGACAUGGACUGCUAAACAACGAAACAACCACUCCUCUCUUCUACAACAUGACAAAUGGCAAUAUUUCAAUUGGCAGCAAUGACACCAUUAGCAAUUUGACUACAGAGCUGCCGACCACGAUACCCUCAUCCACAGAACUGCCCAAUAUGACUGUUAUUGAUACGAUGGUGAAGACUGUCCUAACUAUGCAGAACAUUACGUCUGUCUACGAACCGAUUAACCACGAUUACUAUAUUUAUAUUUGGGCGAUUGCUAUAUUGGGUUGCAUCAUACUUACAACUGGAAGAUCGAUUUUGUUCCUGUGGGUAUGCAUGCGCAGUUCCAUCAAGUUGCACAACCAGAUGUUCAGCAAUAUUCUGGCGGCGACCAUGCGCUUCUUCGACACCAACCCUUCUGGACGUAUUCUUAACAGAUUCUCCAAAGACAUGGGAGUGGUUGAUGAGAUCCUACCCAGGAUGUAUUUGGACAGUAUACAGAUAUUCAUGGUUAUGAUGGGUAUUCUAGUGAUGGUAGCGAUAGUCAACCCCUACAUGUUGCUGACAACAGGAGUUUGUGGUAUCCUUAUGUACAUUUGGACUGUGAUUUUCCUCAGCACUGCACAGGCUAUUAAAAGGGUGGAAGGUACGACUCGCAGUCCAGUAUUCUCGCAUGUUUCGGCAACGAUGGCAGGACUAAACACAGUGCGUGCUUGUCAAGCGCAGGACAUGUUGCGAGAUCAAUUUGACGACAAGCAAGACGUUCACACAGCUGCCUGGUACUUAACAAUCGUCACAAACACUGCAUUCUCUAUUUGGUUAAGUCUUAUCUGUGCGACUUAUGUAGUGGUCGUAGCCUACACAUUCUUGCUCCUGGAUGACGGGAAUACAAAGUCGGGAAACGUCGGUUUGGCGAUUAGUCAGGGUUUAAUCCUGGUGAAUAUGGUGCAGUAUGGUGUGAAGCAAGCGACGGAGGUGAUCUCACAGAUGACGAGCGUGGAGCGUGUAGUGCAGUUCACAUCACUGCCACGUGAGGUGACGGAAGGCCCUGCCCCACCCACCGGCUGGCCUCAGCGCGCUAGGCUGGUCUUCAAGGACCUCUCGUUACGAUACGACAAAGAUGCCGAUCCAGUGCUCAAAAAACUUAACAUUGUUAUAGAAAGUGGAUGGAAAGUGGGAGUAGUCGGUCGUACCGGAGCCGGCAAAUCUUCACUGAUAUCAGCUCUGUUCCGCUUAGCACCUAUUGAAGGAAAUGUUUUCAUUGAUGAUGUUGAUACUGGUGACAUCGCUCUGAAGGAGCUAAGAUCAAAGAUCUCAAUUAUUCCACAAGAACCAGUGCUAUUUUCUGCUAGUUUGCGGUACAAUAUGGAUCCAUUUGACAAAUAUAGUGACGCUGAUAUUUGGACAGCAUUAGAACAGGUGGAAUUAAAGCGAAGUGUAACGUCCUUGACAUCAGCCGUUCAGUCAGGCGGUUCUAACUUCAGCGCUGGUCAGAGACAGCUGCUCUGCUUGGCGCGUGCAGCUCUAGGUCGUAACAAGCUACUCGUGCUCGACGAAGCUACAGCCAAUGUCGAUCCGAAUACGGAUGCACUUAUUCAAAAAUCAAUUCGCACACAUUUUGCGGAUUGCACUGUAAUCACGGUGGCACAUCGACUGCACACUGUCGCUGAUUCCGACAGAGUAGUUGUGAUGGAAGCUGGUGAGAUAGUGGAAUGCGGUCAUCCACACGAACUGCUACAAAAGCCCGAGGGCCACUUCACUCGCAUGGUGCAGCAGUUGGGUCCUGCUGCGGAACAGAGUCUGCGCGACCUGGCGGCGGCCGCGCAUGCCGUGCACAUCAAAUACGUCGACGCAGACGAUAACAACCAAUAACAGUACUUAAUGGUGUUACUUAAUUUUUACCCCACUGUGACUCCCAAAGAGAAAGUUGUUUUAGUCUUUAAGUCACGCGCCAAAUAACUUUGUCAUUUCAAAGUGGGUCGCAAAGGCAUUGGGCUCCUGUAAGAGAUUUGUGUACUUACUGUGAUUUGAUAAUGGCAGCGUUAUUUAAGUAAAGUCAGCCUAUUUAUUCGACAAACAAAAAUACAUAUACCUAAAAAGUGAAUAUUUUAAAUAUGUCUUACAGUGACUUUGCUAUGAUCACUUACUUAGGGCUUGGCCAUUAGUUUGUAUAUUUACAAACCGUUCCUUCAUUUGUGCCUUUGAUAAUUAUUUACAUAAAUCAGAUGAUUAAAUAUUUAAAAUAUCUCUAUAUUUUAUACGUCAUACUUUCGUAUCUAAUGUUAAUUGUUGUUAUACGAAAAAUUUGCUUUUAAAAUGAAAAUUGUCUCUAAGAGAAAUAAGAAAAUUUUAAAGCUAAGAAUUUCUUUUCAUAUUUAUCACAAAUAGUUGUACUUAAUGUUACUUGUAAAUUAAUAUAAUAUACUUAUGACCUCAGUGAUAGAGCUGUGACUGCCAAUGACAAAGGUGUUUAUUAAAAAAGGUUUAACAAUUUUGACUAUGUACUUAGUUUUGAUAUAAAUUAUAACCACUACUACAUCACUAUAUCCAUAUACAAGUACUUAAUGUUGAGAUAUUGUCACAAAAACGUGUCUAAGCUAAAUGAGUCAAGGAUUUGCUAAAAAUGUAUACCUAUUAUUCGUAACUCGAAUUUACAAAAAC